CAUCCCUAUCUGUUUUCCACAAGUAUUACCUAAAAUGCAAUCGUACAAUUUCCUAGUGAUUUAGCUUUAUUUUCGUUUUGUUGACUUUUGCCUCAAUGGAAAUUGGGAUGGAGGUCGGAGGACUUGCAAACUUUGAACAACAUGGUUUUGCGAGAACCCGAGUUUGGACUAUUGAUCAAAACCCACAGCCUUUGCAAGAAAGCAACAGUUAUAGGGCUUUUGUUGAUUUAAUUCUUAGGCCAUCUGAAGGUGAUUUCAAAUUUUGGCCACAUAGUUUUGAGUUCCGACUGAGGGUUGCUCUGACACCUGGAGGGGAUAUUAUACUUGUAUCACGCAUAAGAAAUACCAAUAAAGAUGGAAAGCCAUUUACAUUUACAUUUGCGUUCCAUACGUACUUCUCUGUUUCUGAUAUUUGUGAAGUGCGGGUUGAGGGGUUGGAGACGAUAGAUUAUUUCGACAAUUUGAAGGGUAAGGAGCGAUGCACAGAACAGGCAGAUGCUCUUACCUUUGAAUCAGAAGUUGACAAGACUUACAUUAGUACGCCCAACAAGAUUGCAAUAAUAGAUCAUGAAAAGAAGAGAACAUAUGUUAUGUGGAAAGAGGGAAUCCCAGAUGCGGUUGUUUGGAAUCCCUGGGACAAGAAAGCCAAAGCCAUUGCUGAUUUUGGCGACGAUGAAUACAAGCAUAUGCUGUGCGUCCAGCCGGCUGUAAUUGAGGAUCCUCUUCCUCUGAAGCCAGGCGAAGAAUGGACAGGCAGACUGCAUAUCUCUGCUGUUCCGUCUAGCUACUGUAGUGGGCAAUUGGAUCCCAAGAGAGUUCUUUAUGGUUGAAGUACAUCAGUGACAGUGAGUGGUGCGUUUUAUUUAGGCACCAACUGUUGCAGUGCAUCUACCUCAUCGUUUUCAGGCAGAGAGUUUCUACCGUUUCUUCUUUUACAUAAUUUCAUUUAUGUUUCUCUUCCCGUUAGAGCUAGAGAAUAACGAUUGCAGAAUAAUGGCCUAAUUUGUUGAUAUGCCGAUGAAAUUUAACUGUUAUCUGCAAGCGAACUUAUAAAGAAAUGAUUAAA